AUGGAUAGUAAGCUUCUUUACCUUCUUUCUACUUUAUAUCUGAUUUGGAUUUUUCGAAGCUUGAGGUACCAAAAGAAAGCUGCAAAGUUAGUCCAAGACUUCACUGCUGGUGCCAAUGAAGCUGCGCAAGAAACAUUUUCCUUGAUGAGAACUGUCCGGGUUUAUGGAACUGAAAGAAAAGAAUUUGGAAGGUUCAAGCAAUGGCUAGUCAAAGUUGCUUUUGUAAACAUUCGAGAGAGUGUGGCUUAUGGAUUCUGCUUGGCUUUAUGGUAUAAGUUGCACAAUGACCUUGCAUCUACACUGGAACAGCGUGCUAUACUUGAGAAUGAAAUGUUGCGCAGACAGGAUGAGGAGCUUCGGUGUUUAUUUCCACAAACUGACCGUGCAGUCCCAUCCUAUCUGGAAUAUUAUCCGGUGGAAAAAGAGAAAUCCCUUGUAAACCAUGGUUUCACAAACCCAGAUUUGGUCAGCAAUUUUGCAUUUGAGAAUGGAGAUUCUGACAUCACCCUGCAUUUAGGGUACUAUUCUGUCCUUAUUAACGAAAUCACCUUCAAAUAA